GGUCUCCCGAACAGCAUCGCGAAACAGCUUCCCCCGUAGCACGCGACCAACUCAUCAAAGCCUUCCCCCCCAGCGCCGCAGUCGACCCGUCCGAGACUCGCGCCGAAGCGACGCUGGCCGUGCUGUCACACACUCUCUCAAGAAAACCAUUCAAUUGGCCAUCUCAAGCUCCUCCUAACCGGCGUCCUCGAAAAAAGUGAACGAGAGAGACCACAGCUACGGAACACGGAACUCUUCCCAAGCUUCAUCAUCACAACCUACAACCGACAAUGGAGGCCAGGACAUUGACAAGACCAGCCGCCACGCUGGCAUCCCUCCUCCGCCAACAAGCAACCACCACCACCACCGCCGUCCCCCGAAGAGGCCACAAGACCUUCUCCCGCACAAAGCGCGCCCUCAACAUCCCUCCCCACCCCGACUUCCUCCCCUCGACCCCAUCCGCCGGCGACACAAUCAUCUACAACCCGCCCUCCGCCGCCCCCUCCGUCUACCACACCCCCUUCAAGUUCCUGCCCGCCUCCGACCCCCGCCGCCGCGCAAACCUCUCCGCCCUCUUCGCCUCCGCCUCCUCACAAGCAACAUCCUCAUCAAAAUCAACAACACCCCUCCCCCCGGCCCUCAACGUCCCCUCCCGCGGCGCCAACCCGCGCUACCACCUCUCCAAGGACGACGUCGCCGAGAUCCGCAAGCUCCGCGCCCAAGACCCGGACUUCUGGUCCGUCUCGGCCCUCGCGCGCAAGUUCGACUGCUCCGAGACCUUCAUCACCAUCUGCACGCCCGCCCCGCGGGAGCACACGCAGAAGCUCGCGCAGAAGCUCGAGGCCGUCAAGAGUCGCUGGGGUGGUAUCCGCACAAAGGCCCGCGAGGACCGCUCGCGCAGAAAGGAGAUGCUCUUCCGGGGUGAGCUGUAAAAGAAGACGGACGCAAAAAAACCGAAACGAAUUCUUACUCGGGGAAGGGUAAAAGCUGGAUUGCUUGGCAACUUGGGACGCCUGAGUCUGUUAUUGUACUUUUGGCGAUGAGAUGAGAAGCAUUGAGGGGAAGACCUGCUGUUCCGAGGCCUCUGCGUGGGAAAGCUGGGGCUCUCUGUACCACCAAGGGAUGAAAAGGGGGGAAGGCGGCCCAAGGAGGGGCGAGACGUAUGGCACAUUUAUUCUCUGUACCAUCAAACCAUUAGGGGCGUGUCACAAAAUCGGCUGGGAGACAUGUAGGAUAGAGGCAGGUCACGAUACGCGGAGACCGAAAAAACUCCCAAACAAUCUGUACAAUGAAAGAGAGAUAAAAAAGAUCAGGGGCCAUAGAAACUCGUGUAUAAUUCUUCUACCAACUUUCGCUAUCACACGGCAUGAAUCACUGGAUGCUAGACGUCUUUAAACCUUGACUACCCCA